CUCCUCACCAGUCCUCCAUUCCAACCUCUUUCCAUUGCGGGCUCUUUAAAAAUAUCCUCCAUCACUACUCAAUUCAAAAUUUCUAUUCUAAAACAACUAGUUCAUCCAAUACUCAUUCACAAUGGUUACCUCUUCCGUUCUCGGGUUCCCUCGUAUGGGAGGGAAUCGUGAGCUUAAGAAGGCGACUGAGGCAUACUGGGCUGGCAAGAUCUCUGCCGAGGAGCUCAUUCAAACCGGAAAGAACCUCCGUGCCUCUCACUGGAAGAUCCAGAAGGAUGCUGGUGCUGGGACUAUUGCCAGCAAUGAUUUCUCUUUCUACGAUCAUGUCUUGGACCAUAUUCAGCUAUUCAAUGCUGUCCCAAAUAGAUACAGGAAAUAUAACCUUCCUGCUCUUGACGAGUUCUUUGCCAUGGGCAGAGGUCUUCAGAGGGCUGCUACUGAAUCGAGUCCUGCUGUCGAUGUUCCCUCUUUGGAAAUGGUAAAAUGGUUUGACUCGAACUACCACUAUGUCCGCCCUACUCUCCAAGACAACCAGACUUUCUCCCUUGCCGCUGAUCCCAAGCCAGUCCGUGAAUUUCUCGAAGCCAAGGCCCAGGGCGUCAAUACCCGCCCAGUCCUUGUUGGUCCGGUCUCCUUCCUCCACCUAGGCAAGCCAGACCGUGGUGCAUCUGUCAACCCAAUCACCCUCCUUGAAAACCUCCUCCCUGUCUACAUUGAACUCUUAACCAAGCUCAGGGAGGUUGGUGCCGAGACUGUUCAGAUUGACGAACCCAUUCUCGUUCUUGACUUGCCCCCUAGGACUAAGGCUGCUUUCAAGACUGCCUAUGCUAGGAUUGCCGCCGCUGGAGUUUCGAUCCCCAAGAUUACUGUUGCUACCUACUUUGGCGACAUUGUCCACAACAUUGACGUCCUCUCCAGCUUGAGUGCCGUCUCUGCCGUUCAUGUUGACCUUGUCCGCAACCCCGAGCAACUCGACACCGUCACUGCCGCUCUUGCUCCCGGCCAGAUCCUAUCUGCUGGCGUUGUCAACGGACGAAACAUCUGGAAGACCGACUUUGGGGAAGCCAUUGCCAUCGUUCAAAAGGCAGUCAAUGCUUUGGGGGCCGAUAGGGUCGUUGUUGCUACUUCGUCUUCUCUUCUACACACUCCUCACACUCUUGCUAGUGAGAAGAACCUCCCCGCUGAGGUUGCCGACUGGUUCUCGUUCGCCUCUGAGAAAGCUAGGGAGGUUGCUGUCAUUGCCAGAGCUGUUACUGAAGGGGCCGCAUCUGUUAAGGCCGAGCUCGAUGCCAACGCUGCUUCCAUGCACUCCCGUUCUACCUCGGCACGCACAAAUGACCCUGCUGUUAAGGAGCGUCAGUCAAAGGUUACCGCAGCCAUGUACGAGCGCCAAUCUUCAUUCACUCAACGUAUCGCGGCUCAGCAAACACAUUUGAGUCUUCCAUUGUUCCCCACCACUACCAUUGGGUCUUUCCCCCAGACCAAGGGGAUUCGUGUCGCUAGACAGAAGUUCGGUAAGGGUGACAUCUCUGCGGCUGAGUAUGAGAGCUUCAUCGAAAAGGAGAUCGAACUUGUUGUGAGAGAACAAGAGGCCCUCGGCCUUGAUGUUCUCGUCCACGGAGAGCCGGAACGUAACGACAUGGUUCAAUAUUUUGGAGAGAGGCUCACAGGCUAUGUUUUCACCAACUUUGGAUGGGUUCAAUCAUAUGGAUCCCGUUGUGUCCGUCCUCCAAUUGUUGUCGGCGAUAUUUCUAGGCCGGCUCCUAUGACCGUCAAGGAGUCCAAGUAUGCUGCUUCUAUCACCAGCAAGCCUAUGAAGGGCAUGCUUACCGGCCCGAUCACCUGCUUGAGGUGGUCUUUCCCUCGUGAUGAUGUUCACCAGUCUGUGCAGGCUGAGCAACUCGCCCUUGCUCUCCGUGACGAGGUCGUCGACCUUGAGACUGCCGGUGUCAAUGUUAUCCAGGUUGAUGAGCCCGCUCUCCGUGAAGGUCUUCCACUCCGCUCCGGAAAGGAGCGUGAUGCCUACCUUGACUGGGCCGUUAAGUCAUUCCGCCUCGCCACCACUGGUGUCAAAGAUGUUACUCAGAUCCACUCUCACUUCUGCUACUCUGAGUUCCAGGACUUCUUUCACGCUAUUACCGCCUUGGAUGCUGAUGUCCUGUCCAUCGAGAACUCCAAGUCCGAUGCCAAGCUAUUGAAAGUCUUUGAGGAUGAGGCAUACCCGAGACACAUUGGUCCUGGUGUCUACGAUAUCCACUCCCCUCGUGUCCCGCCACAAGAGGAGAUCAGAGCCCGCAUUGAGGAGAUGUUGCAAUUCCUCAAACCAGAGCAGCUCUGGAUCAAUCCCGACUGUGGUCUUAAGACCCGUCAAUGGCCGGAGACCCGUGCCGCUUUGGACAUUAUGGUCAAGGCAGCCAAGGAGUUCCGUGCCAAGUAUCAGGCUUAAUUCAACAUGAGUCUUUCUGACACAAAAUUUCUUAGAGGUUCUGGGGGGGUUGGGCGUGUAUGGGGAGAUUCAACAUCGGCGUUUGAAAAAUUUCGCGAAGUUAUGGGCGCAUCUUCAUUUUCAUUUGUUUUUUUAGUGGGUUAAGGUUUGCGUGUCUGGGUGUAUUGAUCGUUCAACCGGUGAAAACAUAUACCACACGACUCGGUAUUUGGGUCGGAGUGUCUUCAAUUGCCUUUUCUUCUUUCCUAUAGGUUUGAAACCCAAAAUUGAGACCCAUUUCAACCGGAGGUUAUGCUUCUCUUUACAUAUGCAGUGUUUGCGCGUGAGGUUUUGUUUAUAAUAUGUGAAGUUAUCGGAAUGGUCUAUACCAUAUUAUCAUACUGGAAGAA